CGCGCACCGCAACUGGCCAGUUCUACACACGAGGAGCGAACGCGCGGUCGCCAUGCGAGAAAAAACGAUGAUAAAAAACGAAUACGAACCACAUACAGAUACAAAUUAGCGUGCUAUUUUAUUUCAAAUUUAGAAAAUUAUUUCUUGGAUCGAAUUUUUCAUAAAUUUGUUUUUAAAAUUAAGAAAUAAUCGUACUGCACUCAAAGCAUCUGGCCAGACGAAGGAUGUGAACUUUUUUUUUGUAAUUAUAUUUGUGCACCUUCAAAGGAAUGUGGUUUUAGUGUCCAUGCAAAAAGGACGUGUGUUGUGUGAGAUAUUUUUAUUGUUUCGAUGAGUGUGGAGCGAGCCCUUUGCUAAUAGUCAGUGUUGUGUAAAAAUAAGUUAUCGCAAAAGACUGAACCAUGUGGAGCAUUGUCUUGGUAGUGGCGCUGGCGUCGACCGCGCGUUCCAAACAAAUUCCGACCACUACCGAACUCGUAACGACAUCAGUGAGUACGGCCACAGACCUCACGACACCGUGGCCGGCCGCGCUGGCGCCGCUCGACACGCUCGCCGUGUCGUGUGAGCGGGACAACAUGCACGUAACCAUCUCUCUCGCGCACACGCAGCCCGCAGGCAACAGUAUCUACGAUACAUUCAAUGGAAUAGUAUACCCGGCGGGGCUGGGCAGCAACUCUUCCUGCCUGCGGGAGUACAUCUCAGCGCGAGGUGACCUACAGUACACGCUGCCUCUCAAGGGCUGCAACACUAUGGCUACUGAUGACGAGGAUGGCACAGUGGAGUACUACAACAAUAUAAUAGUGCAGCCCCAUCUGAAGUUGGUGACGGGACAAGGGCGCGGCUAUCACGUACGCUGCCGUUACCGCCGCCGCGACCUCACCAUGUUCCACCUACAUCGCCCACAUGCAGAUAGACUCACGCAGCUCAGAGACGGAUACAAUAGCGAAGAGUUCGACGAGGACUCGGGACUACUGCCGUCGGUCACCAUGAAGAUUUACAAAGGGGACCCCGAGGACAAUGAGGUGGCGUCGAAUGUACGCAUCGGGGACACGCUGACGCUACUGGUGUCGCUGGAAAAGCAGCGGCGCUUCGGGUUGCUGGUGUCAGAGUGUGCAGUUCGCGACGGACUGGGCUGGGCCGAGCAGAGCCUCAUAGCUGACGACGGAUGUCCACUGGACGGCGAGAUAAUGGGUCAGUUCCAGUAUUCGCGCGAGCGACAGGAGGCGCGCGUGUCCUUCCCUGCGCACAAGUUCCCCUACACCGCCAGCGUGUACUAUACGUGCGAGGUCAAACUGUGCGACCUCAACCAUCCUACUGAUUGCGAACCGUGUGCACACAAGAAAGGCAAACGUUUACGUCGUCAGUCGGAAGAGGGCGCGCCCGCAACUGUCGAGGUGUUCUCCGGACUGUACGUCAACGAGGCAGACUCGCCGGAAAAUGAUGAGGUCACCAGCGAAAAGAAAGAAGACGAGAUCUGCAUAUCGCAACGUAACUUUGCGAUCGGAAUUUGCAUCGCUGGCGUCAUUCUUAUGAUCUGUGUGAUCGCAGCCAUAGCUUUCAUAUUAGCACGUCGCCGCAAUCCCAAGACGUACUCUCGCACCGGCAGCUCCCUCUACAGUGGACCUUACACAAACACUGGCUACUCGCAUACGAGUUAAAUAGCUUAAACAUCGAAUUAGAUUAUAUCGUGUGAUAUUAUUAGAUCUAUUAAAAAUACAAAAUUAAAAUCCUCUUUUGUCAGCUAAAAAAAUCGAUUAUUGUCGUUAUAUUACAAAUCGAUUUUCGAAAUCGAUCGAUGACAGCUGUCAAAAUGGGACUUUAUUAAUGUCUUGUAGCAAAUUGUUGUCUUAUUGCAAUUGAUAUUAUUUUCCGUUUGCAAUUUUGAGUUUCGAUUACGGCAAAUGCUAUUAAAUUUGAGCAACAGUCAGCGAAGA